CAUGUGCGGGAGAGCUAGCUGCUAAUUCCGAAGACCAAACAAAUCAUUGUUGAAUCCACCACCAAAACACAUGCACCCCCGCACGUCUUUCUCCACCAGAUCAUCAAACAACUACCAAGCUUAGCCUUCGCCAGCAACCUUUUUUCAACCCCAUCAUUGAUACACCGACGACUCAGAGAAUGGGCCAGCUGGAAGGCUUCGCGAUUGCUCUCCCCACCGCCACCACCACCACCACCAGUGGAGGUUCUACGCUGCUACUCGGCAUAGCUCGCGGCUGUCAUAUCAAGAAGACCUUCAACACCCUCCUCAAGAUCACUGUCCUCUGCGGCUGCAUAAUCAUACUCGUCCUUCGUGGCACCAUCGGUAGCACUACUGGCAACCCCAUCUUCACGCAUACGCACGCUCUCGGACCCAGAAUCUCAAACUGGGACCAAGAGAGAAAAAACUGGCUCAUGAAAAACCCCGAAUUUCCCAACUACGUGAACGGGAAAGAUAGGGUUUUGUUGGUUACCGGGUCGCCUCCCGGACCUUGUGAUACCCCAAUAGGAGAUCACUAUCUUUUGAAGUUUGUAAAGAAUAAGAUUGAUUACUGUAGGAUUCACGGCAUUGAUAUUGUGUAUAAUAUGGCUCUUUUGGACGAGGAGCUUUCCGGGUGCUGGGCAAAACUCCCGUUGAUUCGGCGGUUGAUGUUGUCGCACCCAGAGGUGGAGUGGAUAUGGUGGCUGGACAGCGACGCUUUGUUUACUGAUAUGAUAUUUGAGAUUCCAUUUUUCAAGUACGAUAACUAUAAUUUGGUUCUUCACGGUUUACCGGAGUUGUUUAACCAGAAAUCGUGGAUCGCAUUGAACACGGGGAGUUUUUUGUUGAGGAAUUGCCGGUGGUCUUUGGAUUUGCUUGAUGCUUGGGCGGCUAUGGGUCCAAAGGGGCGUAUUCGGGAAGAGGCGGGGAAGAUUUUGACGGCCUAUUUGAAGGGAAGGCCAGCGUUUGAGGCGGAUGAUCAAUCUGCAUUGAUAUAUUUGCUGAGUUCAAAGAAGGAUGAUCAGUACUGGAUGGAGAAGGUGUAUUUAGAGAACUCGUACUACUUGCAUGAGAAAAUGAUGGAGGAACAUGGGCCUGGAUUAAAUAUGGGUGACGAGAGGUGGCCGUUUGUGACUCACUUUGUGGGUUGCAGGCCUUGCCGGAGCCACGCCGACUACGAGGUUGACAAGUGCCUGAGAAGCAUGGAGAGUGCGUUUAAUUUUGCGGACAACCAGGUGCUCAAGUUAUAUGGGUUUGAGCAUAGAGGGCUGUUGCGAGCAAGUGUCAAGAGGAUCAGGAAUGACACAACUACUCCUUUGGAAUUUGUAGACCACUGGAUGGAAACCGUGAUGAGUAACCCAUAGUUCUAUCUAGUUCUGCACAAGCUAGCAAUAUUAUUUUGGCAUAUCAAUGCUGAUUCCAACAAAAUCUCAUGUAACUGU